AUGGCUAUCCCCAGUGUCCUUACCUUUGAUGCUGAGGGUCGUGCUGUUGACUUCGAGGUCUGGGUUGAUGACCUACAACUCUUCCUACAGUGCGAUAGGGCAGACAGACUCUCCCUGUUCGAUCUCACCUCUGGUGCCUCUCCUGCCCCGCCUGCUGAUGCUGACAGCACUGUUCGCUCACAGUGGGCCACACGCGAUGCUGCUGCCCGUCUUCCUGUGCGUCGCCAGUUACCGACCACUGAUCGUGCGCACUUAAGUUA